GUUUUAUUUUCAUAUUCUUUUCUCUUUGUACAUAAAAUAUACGAUGAGGAUAUCACUGGUUGUCAUGUCUGCUCUUAGUCUGGCAACCACUAUGAUGUUCAGAGGAGAAUAUACAACUUUAACUAUUUCCAUCAUCAUGUCCAUCAUUGCAGGUUUAUUUACUUUUUCAACAUUACCAAAACUAAGAGACACAUUUAUUAAAGCCCAUUUGUCUGGUAAAGAUAUGCUCAAAGUAAAUAAACCCUUAUUACCCGAGACGAUGGGUUUACCUGUGGCGAUCAUUUACAUGAUUACUUUAUUCUUAUUUAUCCCAUUUCCUUUUAUUGAUUGGUUCGAAGGCAAUGCUCGAUUAGUUCAUGAAGACGAUCCUAAUUUAGGCACUUUCCCAUACCAUAAGUUAGGAGAAAUUCUGUCAGCAAUAUUAGCUAUUCAGUCUAUGAUUUUGUUAGGUUUUGCAGAUGAUGUAUUGGACGUAAGAUGGAGAUAUAAGGUCUGGUUACCAGCUAUAGCAGGGAUACCACUUAUGAUAUUUUAUUAUACCAAUAAGGGAGUUACCUACGUUAUGUUGCCAUUACAAUUGAGGCCUUAUUUUGGUGAAUUAAUUGAUUUGGGGCUAUUUUAUUAUGUUUAUAUGGGAAUGUUAAUCAUCUUUUGUACACACAGUAUUAAUAUAUUAGCUGGUAUUAAUGGUAUUGAAGCAGGACAGUCUAUCGUAAUCGGUCUAUCUAUUGUCAUCAAUGACCUUCUUUAUAUUUCUAAUAAUCCAGAUCGUGCUAGUGUAGAAAUUCAUUUAUUUAGUCUUUAUUUCAUGAUUCCAUUCGUGGGAGUGACAUUAGCUUUACUUUGGCAUAACUGGUUCCCUGCUCGACUUUUUGUAGGUGAUACAUUCUGUUAUUUUGCAGGCAUGACAUUUGCAGUGGUUGGUAUUUUAGGGCACUUUACAAAGACAUUACUUUUAUUCUUUAUGCCACAAAUCUUUAAUUUCCUUUAUUCUUGUCCCCAACUCUUUCACUUUGUUGAGUGUCCACGACAUCGUAUGCCAAGAUUAGAUCCUGAAACAGGUCUGUUGAAAUGUUCAACUGUAAGACCGUAUGAUAAAGACAAAUCGAUUGGCUUUUUAGGUCGCAUCAUAUUGAAGCUAUUGCAUACUUUGGGACUUUUAAAAGUAUUUGAGUAUGACGAAAAGGAAGGUAGAAUCAUGGAAUGUAACAAUUUGACUUUAUUGAAUUUAGUUCUUGCUCAUUUCGGUCCCAUGUCAGAAAAAAAUACAACAGCUUGUGUGUUGUUUAUCCAAAUCUUGGCAAGUUUACUUGGUUUCUUUAUUAGAUAUCAGCUUGUACAUUUUGUAUAUUAAAUAAUAAUCAUCAUCAUGACUGUGUUUAUUACGUAAUAAUAAUGGUGUAGACCUUUUUUUUUU